AUGACGUCCAUCCUCUCUGCUCUUCUCUGCCUCGGUCACUUGUGGAAGACCCUCUCCAAACCCACCCUCUGGGCUGAGCCAGCCUCUGUGAUCCCGUAUGGGAGCCCUGUGACCCUCGUGUGUCAGGGGACCCUGGAUGCCAAAAAGUUCUAUCUGUAUAAGGAAAGAAAACGUUUGCUUUGGAACACGCAGACCCGAUGGGAGCCCAUGAACAGGGCCAAGUUGUCCAUCAACCAGAUGAACCAGGACUUUGCAGGGAUAUAUUACUGUUACUAUCACAGCCCCACAGGCUGGUCAGAGCCCAGCGACUUCCUGGAGCUGGUGGUGACAGGAUCCUACAGCAAACCCAGCCUCUCAGCCCUGCCCAGCCCUGUCAUGACCUCAGGAGGGAACGUGACCCUCCAGUGUGGUUCAGGCCAAGGAUUUGAUGGAUUCAUUCUGACUAAGGAAGGAGAACACCAGUUUGCCUGGUCCCUGGACUCACAGCCACACCCCAGUGGGCAGUUCCAGGCCCUGUUUCCUCUGGGCCCACUGACCUCCAUUCAGAGGUGGACGUUCAGAUGCUAUGGCUGUUACAACAAGGUGCCCCAGGUGUGGUCACACCCCAGUGAGUCCCUGGAGCUCCUGGUCUCAGGUGCAGCUGACACCACUGGCCCAUCACAAAAUAGGUCAAACCCCAAAUCACUGAGUGGGAGAAGCUCUCACUUAUAGGACUACACAGUGGAGAAUCUCAUCCGGAUGGGCGUGGCUGGCCUGAUCCUCGUGGUCCUUGGGGUGCUGCUAUUUCAGGCUCGAAAUGACACCAGAAGGACCCAUGGUGCAGCCAAGAUGUGA